GCUCGCGGUGGCCGUCGGGACGUAGGCGGUGCGAUGGCGGCGGGGGAGCGCAGCACAGGCGGCAUCGCCCUGAUCGGGCCGGCGUCCGGCGCGCCCAGCUGCCCGCACGGUCCCGCGCUGCUGUUCGUGAAGACCAGCCAAGGAAAAGAGGAAGGGAGAAGAUUCUAUGCUUGUUCAGCUUGUAGGGAUAGAAAGGAUUGUAACUUUUUUCAGUGGGAAGAUGAGAAGGUGUCGGAAACAAGACUUGCAGCACGUGAAGAAUAUAAUAGAAAUCAUCAACCUACUUUCACACACAGACAGAAUGUGGAAAGGUACAAGAAUUUUAUUCUGCUGCCAUUAUCAAAGAGGAGGUUUUGCCAGGAAUGCCAGCAAUUGCUAUUGCCAACAGAAUGGGAAAAACACUCGAAUCACCAGUUACUGUGUGAUAUCUCCACUGCCCCUGAAAAGUCCCAGUCAAUUUCUGUAUCCACUGAGAAUAAAAAAACAAUGCACAGUAUUUAUUUGCAGACAGAAGUUGCCAGUUUCUACUUAAUCUCCUUACUGAUUUAGGAUUCAGACGAGUGCUCUCUGUUGGAACCCCGUACAUCAGGUUUAGUAAGUACCAGGCAUUUUUGUCUUGCAAGAUCAUUUUUGAAGUGAUAUUAGUGUAUAAAUUUUUUGCUCCAAUUAUACUUCG